UUGACGUCGAAUGUAUGCUUGUCAUUGGAUAUGAAUUUUCUUCAAAGAUGGUUCUGUAAUAUCCUCGUUAGUGUACAGUUUGCUGAGAAACGGACGGUUGAUAUGACAGUAUUUCUUUCCGACACAGGUAACAAUUGGACCCAGUAGAAGCAAAAGCCACUGCCAUGUAUUCGGAAUGGAGGUCUCUGCAUCUGGUGGUGCAGAGCGACCUAGGCCACCUGAGUGUCCUUCACUCGUACCCUCCGGUGGUGGGGCGUGACGUGGCCAAUGCAGUGGUUAGACCUCUGGGGGUGACCCUGGGCACCCCGUCCACCGAUAGCCUGCUCAAGACCGACAAAGAGGUGAAGUGGACAAUGGAGGUGCUGUGCUACGGCCUAACCCUGCCUUUGGACGGGGACACGGUUAAGCUGUGCGUGGACGUCUACACGGACUGGAUCAUGGCGCUGGUCGCUCCGCGCGACUCCAUCCCCCAGCCAAUUGCCAAGGAGCCCAACCUCUACGUGCAGACCAUCCUCAAACACCUCCACAACCUCUUCCUGCCCAGGCCGGAGCAUUACAGCCCCAUGCACUUCCGGCUGUGCCAACAGGUGCUGACGGCGGUGCAAAAGCUGGCCAGGGAAUCGGGCGGCGGCAUGGCCCGGGAGACCUGGGAGGUGCUGCUGCUCUUCUUGCUGCGAAUCAACGACACCCUGCUGGCCCCACCCACAGUUGGAGGUGGGAUAGCGGAGAAGCUGGCUGAGAAGCUGAUCAGCGUGCUGUUUGAGGUGUGGUUCCUGGCCUGCAUGCGCUGCUUCCCCACACCGCCCUACUGGAAGACGGCCAGGGAGAUGCUGGCCAACUGGAGGCACCACCCCCCCGUGGUGGAGCAGUGGAGCAAGGUCAUCGCCGCCCUCACCUCCAGACUGUUGCGGUUCACCUACGGUCCAUCCUUCCCUCCGUUCAAAGUCCCAGAUGAGGACUCCAACAUGAUCCCUACUGAGAUGGACAACGACUGUGUGGCUCAGACCUGGUUCCGUUUUCUUCACAUGCUGAGUAAUCCGGUGGACCUUAGCAACCCGCUGACGGUCAGCUCUACGCCAAAGUUCCAGGAGCAGCUGCUGGGGGUGAGCGGCGUGCCCCAGGAGGUGAUCCAGCAGCAUCCCUGUCUCAAUCAGUUGCCCCAGAUCUUCUUCAGGGCCAUGCGGGGGGUCAGCUGCCUGGUGGAUGCCUUCCUGGGUGUCUCCCGUCCCCGGUCGGACAGUGCCCCGCCCACCCCUGUCAACAGACUGAGCAUGCCGCCACCCACCACCAACACCACGCCCCCUCACAGCCGUCGCCACAAACCCACAGGGGUCACAAAGACGGCCAGUAAAACCUCAACGGCAAGCAUAACACACCAACCCAAAGUGUCCCACCAGCCGUCCUCCACCUCCCCCCUAUCCAGCCCCAACCAGACCAGCUCGGAGCCCCGGCCGCUGCCUGCCCCCACCAGGCCCAAGGUCAACAGUGUCCUCAACCUUUUUGGCCAGUGGCUUUUUGACGCCGCGCUGGUGCACUGCAAGCUCCACGCAGGCCUGAGCCGGGACAACAGCAUGACUGCCCUGGCCACUCAGACAGGUGUGGAGCUGAGGAGGAAGGGCUCCCAGAUGUCCACAGAUACCAUGGUGUCCAAUCCCAUGUUCGACGCCAACGAGUUCCCCGACAACUACGAGUCGGGCCGGGCCGAGGCCUGUGGAACCCUCUGUAGGAUCUUCUGCAGCAAGAAGACUGGCGAGGAGAUACUGCCCGUUUAUCUGUCCAGGUUCUACAUGGUUCUGAUCCAGGGCCUCCAGAUCUCUGACUACAUCUGCCGACCGGUGCUGGCCAGCAUCAUCCUCAACUCCUCAGCCCUCUUCUGCUCCGAUAUUAAGGGCAUCAAUGUGGUGGUCCCCUACUUCAUCUCAGCCCUGGAGAACGUCCUCCCUGACCGAGAGCUGUCAAAGUUUAAGGCAUACGUGAACCCCACUGACCUGAGGAGAGCCUCCAUUAACAUCCUGUUGUCCAUGCUGCCUCUGCCACACCACUUUGGCAAGGUCAAGUCAGAGGUGCUCUUGGAGGGCAAGUUUAGCAAUGAUGACAACUCGCUGCACGACAAGGCCGUCACCUUCCUCUCAUUCAAGCUGCGAUUGGUCAACAUCCUAAUAGGAGCGCUACAGACUGAGACGGACCCCACCAAUACGCAGAUGAUCCUGGGUGCCAUGCUCAACAUUGUCCAAGACUCUGCUCUCCUGGAGUCCAUCGGUGCCCAAGCGGAGGUGGGCAGUGUGGAUGGCAGCCAUGCGCUGGCUAAAAGCCACAGCAGGAACAACAGUGGCAUCAGCAACGCCAGCGGGGGCAGCUCUGAGGCCACCACCCCCGACAGCGAGAGGCCCGCCCAGGCCCUCCUCAGAGACUACGCUCUCCACACAGAUACAGCCGCCGGCCUACUGAUCCGCAGCAUCCACCUGGUCACCCAGAGGCUCAACUCCCAGUGGAGGCCCGACAUGAGCAUCUCCCUGGCCGCCCUGGAGCUGCUGGCCGGCCUAGCCAAGGUGAGGGCGAGUGUGGAGUCUGCGGACCGUAAACGUGCAGUCAGCUCGGUGUGCAGUUAUAUCGUGUAUCAGUGCAGCCGGCCGGCCCCCCUCCACUCCCGAGACCUGCACUCUAUGAUCGUGGCGGCCUUCCAGUGCCUGUGUGUGUGGCUGACAGAGCACCCCGACAUGCUCAAUGAAAAGGACUGUUUGAUAGAGGUGCUGGAGAUCGUGGAGCUGGGAAUAUCAGGCAGCAAGUCUAAGACCAGUGACCAGGAAGUGCGGUACAAAGGGGACAAGGAGCACAAUCCGGCCUCCAUGAGGGUGAAGGAUGCUGCCGAGGCCACCCUGUCAUGCAUAAUGCAGGUCCUGGGGGCAUUCCCGUCGCCCAGUGGCCCCGCCUCCCCCUGCAGCCUGCUGAACGAGGACACCUUGAUCAAGUACUCCAGGCUGACCUCUACCAGCCGCAAGAACUUCCGCUACUUUGUCCUAGACAACUCUGUCAUCCUGGCCAUGCUGGAGCAGCCGCUGGGCAACGAACAGAAUCCCUGUCCAUCCGUGACCAUGUUGAUAAGGGGGAUGUCUGGGAGACACGCCUGGACCAUGCAGCUCUUCCACCAACCCAGGGGUGCCCGUGCCAGCCAGAAGCAGGUGUUUAUCCCAGAGAGUCGGCCCACUCCCAAAAAUGAUGUGGGGAUCCGGUUGAACGUCAAACACAGACCCUUCCCAGAAGAAGUGGACAAAAUUCCAUUUGUGAAAGCAGACCUGAGCAUUCCGGACCUACACGAUAUCGUAGAUAAGGAGCUGGAGAUGCAGCACGACAAGCUGCGAGGUGUGAUGGCCAAGCAGAUCGAGUACGAGACGAUGCUGGAGCACGGCAGUGAGGAGCGCUGGAGCAGCAAGAGCUUCCCAGACGUGCUAACGGACUGCAAGCCCCCGACUCCCUCGCAGGAGUUCCAGACGGCCCGCCUCUUCCUGUCGCACUUUGGCUUCCUGUCACUGGAGGCACUCAAGGAGCCCGGCAACAGUCGCCUACCUCCCCACCUGAUUGCACUGGACUCUGGGUUGCCGGGCUUCUUUGACGACAUGAGCUACCUGGACCUGCUGCCCUGCCGGCCCUGCGACACAGUCUUCCUCUUCUACAUGAAGGCCGGCCAGAAGAGCAGCCAGGAGAUCCUGAGAAAUGUGGAGUCGAGCGCCAACGUGCAGCAUCACUUUCUGGAGUUCCUGAUGUCGCUGGGCUGGCCCGUGGAGGUGGGGCAGCACCCAGGCUGGACAGGCAGCGUCUACACUAGCUGGUCCAUCAACAACCACAACAACAAUGGAGACAGCAUCCAACCAGAUGAUACUAUCACCCUGGGAGACACGGGCGGGGGCGUGUUCAAUGGAGAGAAGCGGGUGCUGUACUAUGCCGACGCCCUGACUGAGAUCGCCUUUGUCGUUCCCUCGCUCACAGACUCCUCCGCUGAGUCAUCGGAAAGCAGUUUCCCCACAGUGGACUCUGACUCUCAGAUGGAACUGCUACCCAACCUGCUGAAACAGUCCAACCUCACACUGGAGCUCUUCCCCAACCACUCUGACAACGUGGCCCCCGUACAGAGGAGUCCUACGGUGAAGUCUAAGAAGAUGCCUCCCGGCAGGACCAUCCCUCCGAUGGGACCAGAGACCAAAGUACUGGUGGUCUGGGUGGAGCGCUACGAUGAUAUCGAGAACUUUCCCCUGGCUGACCUGCUGGUAGAGACGAGCACUGGAGUGGAAACCACGGCCAACAGUAACACCUCAACAAGACCCACAACGUCCGGUCAGGAUGUGCAGGUGAUCUUCAUCCACCCUCUGAAGACGGGCCUGUUCCGGAUCCGCCUGCAUGGGGCCCUGGGAAAGUUCAGCAUGGUCGUCCCCCUGGUGGACGGCAUGGUAGUCAGCAGGAGGUCACUAGGGUUCCUGGUAAGGCAGACUGUGAUCAACGCGUGCCGGCGGAAGCGGCUGGAGAGUGACUCGUACAACCCUCCACACGUGCGUCGGAAACAGAAGAUCGCUGAGGUGGUGAACCGCUACCGCAACAAGCAGCUGGAGCCCGAGUUCUAUACCGCGCUCUUCCAGGAGGUCAGCGUGAGCAGCCUCGACCGUGACCCCACCCCCGAUGAACUUUGAACUUUCACCUCCCUCCCCACAAGGACUGCAAAGAUUCUUUAUAUUUAUAAAAUGUUUCUCUUCUUCUUUACUUUGUUAUUUAUAUUAUCAGCACUUGGUGGCCACGUUCCAAGUCGACAAUUUAGUUUUUCCCCACCCCGCGCUGCAACACUGCUCAUCUGCAACUUACUCUAGUUCUACCCAAGCCUUGUAGGACUCUUUGAUGGGGUCUGGUUGUGGCACUAACCUCACCUGGCUGUGAGGCGUCAGGCUUGGGCAAAGGAAGCACCUUUAGCUGUGAGGAGAGGGUAUAUGCUUAAACAACUGACUAUAAACUUGUGACACGGCACGUGGCAAAGUGAUUGCUGUCGGCGCUCAAUUCAAAAUGGCUUCCACUCUGUGGCUGUGACUAGUUCCCACAGCCCUCUCACUGUGGUUUUUCAAGUCCGAUUCUUCUGUUUGCUUUUCUAUGAAAUGCAUCAGUCUGUCCAUUUCCCAUAUUUAACAGUUUUUUUGUUUAUUAUGUUGGUCUGGAAUGGAAAAGAGGUCAAAACAUCCAACUUUUUCAUUGACGAAACAACACUACAAAAACUAAUAUUGACAAAACUCAAAUCUCACUUCAGUAAAUUGUUUUAUUUUUUUACUUUUGGUUCUCUCUUCCCACAUACAUAAUUGUACCAGUUAGCGAAAAUGUAUAGUUCUGCUUUUACUUUAAAUCUCAGGUAGUUUGAGCUUUUUAUAUUCAUCGGUAUCUGGGUUGCUUUCUUUAGGCACGAAAAUGGAUAAAAAUAUAUACUAAAAUAGGGAGAGACUAGCGGAACUUAUAUGUUUUUCCAUUGCAAACCAUUUUGCUACUGUGCCCUAAUGAAUGCGACCUUGGUAAUGUACUCAAUGCACUCCCAACCGACUGUGACUAGAGUCUGGUUUCAAUAAUGGACUUUUUUGGCAUAGAGAAAAUACGCCACUACUUUAUCUGCUUGAAUAAAAUACAAAAUAGUAACUAGCAAGAUGAAGAUCACAGAGGUCAUUUUUAAUGAGUGCAUUUCGCAAGUGGCUAGUUUGCAUCAACUACCUUAAUUGAAACCCCUGCAAAGGUGUUGCCUGCCAACUGGUUUUGAAUUGCAACGUUCUGGCAUGUCUGUCUCGUCAUUUUUUGGGAGAGUCCCCAGAUAUGGUUUAUUUUACUUAUCGACGUAAGCAGUGACAUACAGUAGUUCUUCUAUCCCAAAAUAUUCCGUAAUUUAAAACCAGACCCUAGUCACUGUGUCGCCACGGGUCGGGUUUUCGAGACUAACAAACUGACCUUGUUUUGGGCUUUUAGUGCACUCUAAAACGUGUGGCAUUUCACAUUCACUGAAGCUGAUGGUCGUCUCGAUAUGGAACUUCAGGAAGUCAAAAUCACUGAUGGAUUAUACUUUUUUUUGGUAUGGAUUUGAAAAUGAAAUCCUUUAUAGGUUUGUUUCUUCCCGUGUCAGAUAAAAAUGCAAAAUAUGUAUACAUAUAAAAUACAUUUUGAUUGGUGAUAUAAAAGGUGAGUUUCAGUUGAUUGUUUGUUAUUCACAGUUGGAAAUAUGAUGAUCUUGGUUGGUUGAAAAAAAUUAUUUGUCACGAGCACUGUGUUUAACAUCCCAUUCCAGAUGUGAUACUUCAGAAGUUGAUACAUGGCGCCAUUUUAUGUCUAUAAUAUUUCCAUGCCAAUAUGUCCAGCCUAGAACCAAAUUCAGAGCAUUAAGUCACUAAUGUGUAGCUGCAGAGGUUGUACUAAUCUUUUUUAGUGUCUUGUGCUCGACUUUAUUCGAGACAACAUAACUUAUCGCUAUUAAGGGCUGAAACAUCCGUUUUAUCAAGUUAUUUUUGCAAUGUUCUGUUAAGGGUUGGACAGAUGCAACUGACGCCCUGUUCACUACUGUGUAUGCCACUGGAUCUGUCUUAGACACAGAUUUUAUACAUUGAACAAAAAUAUAAACUCAACAUGCAACAAUUUUAAGAUAUUACUUAGUUACAGUUCAUAUAAGGAAAUCAGUUAAUUUAAAUUAGACCCCUUGACUUUUUCCACAUUUUGUUACAUUACACCCUUCUCCUACAAUGGAUUAAAUUGUUUUUCCCUCAUUAAUCUACACACAAUACCCCAUAUUGACAAAGCAAUAAGUGUUUUUGCAGCCAUGAUUCUUCUUGGGUAUGACUCUACAAGCUUGGCACACCUGUUUUUGGGGAGUUUCUCCCAUUCUUCUCUGCAACUCCUCUCAAGCUCUUUCAGGUUGGAUGGGCCACUCAAGGACAUUCAGAGACUUGUCCCGAAGCCACUCCUGUGUUGUCUUGGCUGUGUGCUUAGGGUUCUUGUCCUGUUUGAAGGUGAACGUUCACCCCAGUUUGAGGUCCUGAGUGCUCUGGAGCAGGUUUUCAUCAAGGAUCUCUGUACUUUGCUCCGUUCAUCCUUCCCUCAAUCCAGACUAGUCUCCCAGUCCCUGCCAUUGAAAAACAGCCCACAGCAUGAUGCUGUCACCACCAUGCUUCACCGUAGGGAUGGUGCCAGGCCUCAGUCUGGCCAAAGAGUGCAAUCGUGGUUUUAUCAGACCAGAGAAUCUUAGGUACCUUUCGGCAAACUCCAAGCGGGCUGUCAUGUUCCUUUUUCUGAGGAGUGGCUUCCGUCUGGCCACUCCACCGUAAAGGCCUGAUUGGUGGAGUGCUGCAGAGAUGGUUCUACCAUCUCCACAGAGGAGCUCUGUCAGAGUGACCAUUGGUCACCUCCCUGACCGUGGCCCUUCUCCCCCGAUUGCGCAGUUUGACCGCGCGGCCAGCUCUAGGAAGAGUCUUGGUGGUAACAAACGUCUUCCAUUGAAGAAAGAUGAAGGCCACUGUGUUCUUGGGGACCUUCAAUGCAGCAGAAAUGUUUUGCUACUCUUCUCCAGAUCUGUGCCUCGACACAAUCCUGUCUUGAAGCUCUACGGACAAUUCCUUCGACCUCAUGGCUUAGUUUUUGCUCUGACAUGCACUGUAAACUGUAGGACCUUAUAUAGACAGGUUUGUGCCUUUCCAAAUCAAGGUCAAUCAAUUGAAUUUACCACAUGUGGACUCCAAUCAAAUUGUCAUCUCAAGGAUGAUCAAUGGAAACAGGAUGCACCGCAGCUCAACUGAGUCUCAGAGCAAAGGGUCUGAAUACUUAUGUAAAUAGGGUAUGGAUCAGAAAACCAGUCAGUAUCUGGUGUGACCACCAUUUGCAUCUUGCAGUGCAACACAACUCAUUUGCAUAGAUUUGAUCAGGCUGUUGAUUGUGGCCUUUGGAAGGUUGUUCUACUCUUCAAUGGAAGUUGCUGGAUAUUGGUGGGAACUGGAACACGCUGUCAUGCACGUUGAUCCAGUGCAUCCCAAACAUGCUCAAUGGGUGAUAUGUCGGGUGAGUAUGCAGGCCAUGGACGAAUUGGAAAUGUUUUUAGAUUGUGUACAGAUCCUUGCGACAUGGGGCCGUGCAUCAUCAUUCUGAAAUAUGAAUGGCACAACAAUGGGCCUCAGUAUCUCUUCACAGUACCUCUGUGCAUUCAAAUUGCUUGCAAUGCAUUGUGUUCAUUGUCUGUAGCUUAUCCCUGCCCAUACCAUGACCCCACCGCCGCUAGGGGUCACUCUGUUCACAACGUUGACAUCAGCAAACCGCUCUCCCACACAACGCCAUACAUGCUGUCUGCCAUCUGCCCGGUAAAGUAACCAGGAUUAAUCCGUGAAAAGUACACUCCUCCAGCGUGCCAGUGGCCAUCGAAGGUGAGCAUUUGCCCACUGAAGUUGGUUACGAUGCCGAAUUGCAGUCGGGUCAAGACCCUGGUGAGGACAACGAGCACGCAACGCAGUUCAGCUUCCCUGAGAUGGUAUUUUUUAGAGUUUGUGCAGCCCAGAUCCUGGGCUGGUGUGGUUACACACGGUCUGUAGUUGUGAGGCCGGUUGGACGUAAUAAUUCUCUAAAACAAGGUUGGAAGCGGCUUAUGGUAGAGAAAUUAACAUUCAAUUCUCUGGUAAAAGCUCUGGUGGACAUUCCUGCAACUUUACAUGUUGCGUUUAGAUUUUUGUUCAGUAUAAAUCUUUUUUUAUUAUAUGUAAAAUAACCUGAUCUUUUGCAUGAUAUUUGUGGUGAUCCACUGUGACAUUUGGAUCUUCUGAAAAUAAGAUUUCCUCCACUUUCGUUCCAUAGAUCACUGAUUGUGUUACAUUUAAUUUGAAAAGAUUUACAUGUUCUUUACUGUUAAAGGAAAAGCUCAAUCGUACUACAGACUGACCAAUAUAAAGACUUACUGUAUCUGGGGAAGCUAAAAGCUCAUUUGAGUUAUGUUUUUCCCCCAGAAUAAUAUUAGUCAUUUUUUUUAGGUUAUUUGCUUUUUGUCCUGUGUUUUUAUGAGGAUCAAGAGGGGGAAGAAAUACAAGAAUGUAAAUUCAGUAAAAUGUUAGCCCAGUCCCAGAUCUGUUUGUGCUGUAUUAAUUCCAACAUAAGAAUUUGUGCUUUCCUGCGCAAACAGAUCUGCGACCAGGCUAGUAAAAUGUCCCUUAAGGCAUAAAUUCUGGUGUCAAUUUCCUAGUGUCAAGUUUUUUAAAUCUGGAAUGUCCACUCUAUUGCUGUUCAAUUAAUAUCAAUUAUCAAAUGAAUCGAUACUCUAGCCAGCUAUUGUGCUCUGCAAAUAUUCUACCAACUUGAUGGGGCCACAUGGAACUGAACUAGAUUUUGUCCCGUUCCUCGUAAAUGUCUAAUUUGUUCUGUAAAUAUUGAAGGUAUCAACUUGAAUAAAGUUGGAAGAUAUGUACAUACUGAGCGCGUGGAGUGCAAUUCAGUCGUCUGUCCCUCCAUUACGAAUGGCAUAAAAACUGCUUGUUUGUAUUUAUGCCAUUUUAUGUGUCCAUAAGAAACACAUUGGAUAUUGAAUGUAACACAAUGUAACGAAUAAAGAUUUUAAUUAACUUUU